UGCACUUAUCCUGCGAGUUUUCUCGAUAUGAUUUUAUUACGAGAACAAAAAUGGAAGAAAACUGAUGAAACAGGAGGAUCAGAAUAUACCCUGGCCUGAAAAAAUUCCAUGUUAUUCCCGAAAGUUCUAGCUCCCGAUGACUCACACAUUCAAAAUUAUUCUGAGGCGGGAAAUGAAAGUAAUAUCGAGUUAAUAGAUCAAUAAUAAGGUAUUUAAUGGGCGAAAUGGUUGAAGGAGUGCUAGGAUUUUAGUCAGUGUAGUAUACUGCGUGUGUGGUACUGCGCGAUAUUUAGUUGACUGUGCUGCCAUCUGUAUUGUCAAUGUUGUUGGGGCAGCAGCAGCAGCAGCAGGAGCACAGGCAGCGUAAUGGAGCCGUGAGGCAUUUUGUUCGUGCUUAGAACGACACAUCUCCAUCGUUUUAUUCGUUAUUAUAAUCGCGUAAACGAUGCUUAUUUAUGUUAACAAAUUAAUUCAUCGUUAAAUGUGAUUGUGAUCUGAGGCGGUCCCCCCAAAAACCAAAUAUCAAGUGAUUGAAUGAAGAUUACGGGCCACUAUUGGAGUUAUUUAUACGUUUGAAACGUCAACUGAGAGUCUAAUCGUCACGCUUUCAACGUUUAUAACCAUUGAUAAAGUGUCUGGCCGCUGGUAACACGGCGAUUACGACUGUACAGAUGAUGCUGAUCGAUUAUUAUCAGUCAAUGUUUUGAGAGUUAUUCACUGAGGGAGUUACUCAACAAAUAUAUGAACAGCUAUGUAGGUACUACAAGUUCACCUACAUGUGCCUCUAGAUAAAGUCGUAAAGUUAGUAAUGGCACAACGAGGAAAACGAAUAAACAAAAACGACAAUGACUUGGCGACUUGCCCGGGGGCAAUUAAAAGGCGCAAAUGUAGAUUGGGCCCAACGGCAACGGGCGCAUCAGCUAGCUCGUCUGCCCUGGGACCGUCCGAGGAGGAGGAAACGAUGGCGUCGUCGAGUCAGGGGCCAACAGCAGGUGGUAAUAAUGGUGGUGGCGGUGGUGCAUCGUGGACACCGAGACCACUGAGUGAUAUCAAAAUAUCCAGUAUUUAUAAUCGCUCAGCGGCCGAAGCACCGGCUGAAUUGUUUCGUAAAGAUCUUAUAAGCGCCAUGAAACUGCCAGACAGUGAACCACUCAGUCCUAAUGAGUACUGGGUUAUUACUGAUCAGUGGAAACAGGAAUGGGAAAGAGGCGUCCAGGUACCAGUAAAUCCUGACUCGUUGCCGGAGCCCAUGGUUACUGUCACCCAGACAUCACCCGUUAAUAAAAUCCAUGGUGACUUUAAAUUGCCUAAGAAAUUCAUCAGGAUAUCACGAGAUGAUUAUUUCAAUCCUGAAGACCACCACCUCAGUACGACACCAACCAGGGCCGAAAAGGCGUGCGCUUAUGAUCUCGAUGAUACUGAUAUUGCAUGGCUCGAAGUACUCAAUGGCGAGAGAGCUCAGGCUGGUCAAUCAUCAAUAACUGAGCCCCAGCUGGAGCGCGUUAUCGAGGAGCUCGAGGUCCGUUGUUGGGAGCGCAUCCAAACAAUAGUUAAAAAUGAAGAGGGCCUCGGCAUCGAGUACGAUGAGAAUGUAAUAUGCGACGUAUGCAGAUCACCCGACUCUGAGGAGGGUAAUGAAAUGGUAUUCUGUGACUGUUGCAAUAUCUGCGUGCAUCAAGCAUGCUACGGUAUAACGGCAAUACCUGAGGGCUCAUGGUUGUGCCGUACUUGCUCUCUAAGUCAGCGUCCUGACUGUGUAUUGUGUCCAAAUAAAGGGGGUGCAAUGAAGUGUACCCGCAGCGGACAAAAGUGGGCCCAUGUAUCCUGUGCACUGUGGAUACCAGAAGUCAGUAUUGGUUGUGUCGAACGUAUGGAGCCAAUAACUAAAAUAUCCAGUAUACCACAGAGUAGAUGGGCACUAAUAUGCGUACUGUGUCGUGAACGAGUUGGUGCUUGCAUACAGUGCAGUAUAAAAACAUGUAAAACAGCUUAUCACGUAACGUGUGCAUUUAAGUAUGGUUUGGAGAUGAAGGCUAUCAUUGAGGACGAAAUGGCUGAUGAUGGUGUCAAAUUAAGAUCUUAUUGUCAAAAACACAGUAGAACGAAUACCAAGGACAAAGUUGGUGUUGGUGGUGGUGGUGGUGGCGGUGGUGGUGGUGGGGGUGAUAAAGCUGGCUCCGAGGAGGAGGAGGGUGAGUCGAGACGACGUAAGCGUAAGGACAUGACAUCUGAGGAGAAGAAUCAAGCAAGAGCAGCCAAACUUCAGGAAAUUGAGGCCGAAUUCGAUAAGCAUGUUAAUCUGAAGGAUAUCACAUCCCAACAGCUCGACGUUGAUCCCGAUGCUAUUGUUUACAUCUACAAUUAUUGGAAACUUAAGAGAAGAGCUGGACACAACAAACCACUGUUGGCACCUCGUUGUGGUGAACUGUCAAGCAGUGGUGCACGUGCACAGGGACAAGCCGCUGAUCUUGAGAAAAUGCGCACCUUUGUGCAAUUGCGUCAAGAUCUUGAAAGAGUUAGAAAUCUUUGUUAUAUGGUCAAUAGGCGGGAGAAAUUGUGCAGAACAUUUUUACGAUUGCGUGAACAAACAUUUCAUAAACAGGUACUCGUUCUCUCGGGUCCACAGUUACCACAGGCAGUCGCAACUGCUGUGGCUGAGGCCAAUCAUGGGCCGUCGAUUUAUGAUCGUUUGUAUUCACAUCCCGAUGGUGAGGAUCACACUCGUGAUUUUGACACUAUUAUUGCUAGGAUAGAGGGUAAAAAAUCACCGACGCCAGUGUCCGGCGAUGAUAAAAAGAAAUCACAGCCGGAUUUCAAUGGUGCAUCGAAUAAAAAAUUGUAUUUCAAUGGAACUGUUAGGAGGAAAGGCUUGUACACCAGUGAUUUAUCAUCGUUUAGCAGUAGUGAAACAGAUACAGCUAAGCCAACGGUUAAAUCGACAAGUAAAUCAAGUAGUAAGAGUAAAAUGAAAUUGGAAACUGACUCCAGUACGGAGGAGGAGGCCACACCAACGACGAUAGUACCGAGAAAGCCCACUAAAACCAUUGGCAGGAGAAAGCAGAAAAAGACGAGUGCACCUGACAGACCGAGAGCGACAGGUGGCAGUGAGAGUGAUAAGCAAGAUAGCACAGGAGCAAGGUCCAAGACCCUGCAGCACAUGGAGAAGGAACUUGGCAGUGCCUCCGGUAGUGAUAGUGAUGAAUUAUUUCCCCUCAAUACUAGUACGAGAGUCGGUCCUUCGGCGGCAUCUGCCAUAUACUCAACAGACUCUGACUCUCAGGAGCACACUGCUCAAUCGGCCCCAUUCAUUUCUAAAGCGGCAGUUAAGCAAUUUUCAGCUGCUGAUAGUGCGAAAAAUGCGUUAAAGAACUUUGGCAAGGAGUCGAAGGACGGCGAAGCGAGUAACAAGGAGAAUGUUAAGUCAAAGAAGAAGGAGAAAGAGUAUAUUCCGUCGGCGUUGAUCGUGCCCCAGAGACAAGCGGCUAAAAAGGCCUCUGAGAUAAUGCAAAGGUCACAAGCCAAGAAGGAAAUACCACAGGAGCCCCUUGAACCGAUAAAGUCACCGCAUGAGGAGAUUAAGCUUCCGAAGCAGAAGGACAAGCCUUCCACGAAGAAGAAUAAGGAAGGCAAGGUGUCAAAGGACUCUAAAAACAAUGACAUCUACGAUUUUGAUAAAGAGUUUGGUGAUGGCUCUGAAAUUCUGGCGUAUGUACCGCAGAGACAAGCAGCGAAAAAGGCUGCUGAGCACAUUAAGAGCGGUCUCGGCACUAAAUCAGUUCAACCAGAAACUGAAAGUGGCGAUACCAAGCCCAAGAAAGAAUCUCUAGAAACAAAACCCAAGAAAGACAUCAAGAAGGAUGAAGUCCCGAAGAAAGAAGAGCCACCCAAAAAGAAAUUACCCGAAAAAGCAUCUUCCAGUACCAACAGUGACUCAAGCUCGAGCAGUAGUUGCAGCAGUUCGUCAGAAUCCAGUAGUGAUUCUGACGAUGGUAAAAGUAGAACUGGUUCUGUGUCAUCAACCAAAAAGAAGGAACAAAGCUCAUCACCGACGUCAUCCGAAAGUGACACUCGCAAUCAAUCUAAGAACAAAAUAACGAACAAACGUACAGGUAAAGCAGUUAUGAGUGACGAUGCCGCGGAGGGGAUUGAUAAACGUGGUACAGUGGCUGGGCGGAAACUCAAGAAGCUGCCUGAUAAGAAGCUUAAAACUUCCGACGGGCGGCAUGGACUCGAGUUUCCACCGCCGCCUACUGAGAGAAAAGAAUCAGGUAGAACUGUCACCAAGGAUUCAAACCAGUCGCGGCAAUCGCAUCCACACUCGCAUCAUCAUCAUCAUCAUCAUCAUCCUCAUCAUCAUCGUCCUCAUCAUCAUCCUCAUCAACAACACACCCAGCAUCAAAGAAAAUUGAUUCAACGAGAGCGCCAGACGUCCAGUAAAAAGUCACUUCAAUCCCAAGGUGGUGUUAACCAGGGUGUGCUCAGUGGGUCUAGAGAUAAUGAUGGGUCAAGAAGUUUAUCUGGGAACAAAUCAUCUAAAAAGACAUCAACAACAAAACCAGCCCAAUUGCAGCACCAGUCCUCCUCCUCAACGAAAACUCGCAAAGACGAGGAACAGUCCAGCACGAGCAAUACACCAAGAAGUAAGUCGGUUGGUGAGGCAAGAAAACGAAAAUCAGGUGAAGCUACUCAAAAGGAAGACAAAUCUCUUAAGAAUGCGACUUCGGUCAAGAAGAAUGAGAAGAGGUUAAGCGAGAAGAUUGUUGAAAAGGAGGCCCCUGAACUUAUCGAAGAGGAACGACCUAAGGAAAUUCAAGAACUUCCUCUUGAGGUGGAAACUGUUAAGCCUAGUAAACCAGAGUCGACACCUAAGCAACGUCCUGAGUCACCUAAAGAAGACAGAAAAGCGAAGAAGGCUGGCAACAAGAGUCCUAUGCACUUACUCCUCCUUGAGGAAGAGAUGAAACAGCGGCGAGCUGAACGUGAUAGUCCAAAGAAGUCCUCGAAGGGUCUUGACAAGUUUUUGGAGAAACGAGAACACCUAGAUAAACUCUUCAAGGCUAAGGGGGUUGAGGCGAGGUACGAGAAGGAAUUGAAUGCAGAAACACAAAAGGAUGUUCGUAAAGAUGUUCACAAAGAUGUCCAUAAGGAUAUUCACAAAGAUCACAAAGAUACUCACAAGGAGAAACCAUCUAGGCUCGAAGAGAGGAAAUCACAUGGUUUAGAGGGGCGUAAGAAUCAUACCAGUGAAGACCUUCCAAAGAUCUCUGCGAUUUGUGAUAGUGAACACACGGAUGAACUUGUGGAUGCCCUGAGAAGAAAUAGAGACCACAGGGCUGAAUCUGAGUCUCGUGAAAUUCUUCUGGCUAUGAUGGAUAAUCCACCACUCAACAAGGAGCAAGACACCUUCCAAAAACCUCAGACAAUCCCCGAGAAACAAGUAACGGAUGUUCAGUUCCAAAAAGAGAUCCUCAAACGUCGAAAAUCCAUCAGUCAUUCCAUAUUCUCCCCUCAGCAUGGACAGUGCAAAGAUCCCAGUGUGUCAGAGCUUUUUGACUUUGAACAAGAUAUCCUCAAUGAUGAUAUCAAUGACGAUGGCUUCAGCAUACCAAGGGAUCCCGAGGAGCGUCAAGCUCCUCUGACCUUCUCCUUCAACAAUGAGCUCUGGUUCAAGGAGGAUACCAAGGAAGAUAGCGCGAGAGAAACUCUUCACCUCGUCGAGAAGCUUCGGAUGGAACUCUCCAAAAAAUCAAACACCAGCCAAUUCGAUUCAGAGCCUCCAAUUAUUGAGGAAGUGAAGAAAGAGGAGCCUCCUUCAAUUAAAAAAUUAGAAGUUCCUCCAACGGAUCCAAAGCCCCUGGAAGUCACGUUGCCUCCAGAGUCGCCCCCACAAAAAAUCCAAGAGAUCCCUCCAAGUCCUGAAGAAACUCAUAAAAACCACUCAAUCGCGGAAAAACGAAAGUCCUGUUAUCCAAACAACGCCGAACCCUACGCACCCUACCCCAUUGACGACUUGGGGUCAGGUAAAGUAUCCAUUGCUGAACGAGCAAAAUUGGACAGAGCACAGGCGGACGAGAGAUGGGUCCCACCGAGUAUAGAGAAUUUCAAUCCCAAUGACGUUCAGCAUCUCAACCAACUCAUGGAGAGUCAAAACCACAGAUACUCACACGGAUUUCCUAAUGAUAUGCCAGAUAACAGUGCUGACACUUUGGUGCAUCCUCAACUCAACCUCAAUAUGCAGGAUCAGUAUCAGUUAAUGCAACAACAGCAUGCAAUGGUACGAGCUCACUUGGAUCAACAUCCGGAGACGAGGCCAAUGCAACAGUUACCGAUGAUGGAUCAACAGUUGCCCGGUCCUAUGGUGGAUGAGAUGACGCCCAUGGAGAUGGUUAAUAGACAUCUGAUGGCACUACCGAAUACUGAGGACGAUCAAACUAGUGAGAUUGACAGGGGCCUCGAGAAAGAGGAUGCAUCGUCCGAUAUAAGGCAAGACUACACCCAAAGCAGUUCUCCCUACAACGACAUCAACACUAGCAGGCAGGAUACGAGAUGGGCAGAGAGCCAGGUUUUACCCUCGAGAAGAUCGACCUCGUCAUCGAUAACAUCGGCCUCGUCUAACGAAGAACACACCUCCAUUCCCCCGUACAAGGGAAUGGCACCUAUCCCAUUUCCCCCUAGUUCUAUGGAGGGAGCUCCUUACCAUCCAUACGCAGACUCGACUGCCUACGCGGGCCCCGUCUCACUUUUUCCACCUCAGUCAUGUGCAGCACCACUUCCUUAUCCCUCUCCAGGCACUGGUAUGUUUCCUCCUGUCUUUGGCGCUCCCUUUCCAACCCCACAGAGUUUACUACCUCAUGUACCUAAGCCCUUGGAUGACUCCCUCAAUAUGCAAGCCUCGCCUUGUACCGCAGCCUUCACCUCUUCCUCUCAUAAUAUGGCCCUAACAGCCGCUAUGGUAUCUCCACCGAAAAUUCCGACUCCACCACCCUCUCAACCUAUUCAACCUAUUCAAUCAACUCAACCUCCUCCCAAUCUUGAGCCUGCAGAGGAACAGGAAACACCUGAAACGAUCCAACCCGAAAUAACAUCCUCAGCGUUACCCAUGACUUACCCAACCACUAUAUCUGAAGCUCAGCAACUGCCUGAGCCAGUAGUUGAAAAUGUACAACCACCAGAUCAAAAGAUUAGUCAGCCUGGCAAAAAGAGUCCCUCCAAACCCACGAGAACGUCAGCGAGAGUUGGCUCUCUCCAGGGCAAAUCUCCUGGCAAGUCUCCCAGGCAAGAACUGGUUAAAGCCCCAACGACAAAUAGGGGAAGACCUAGAGCACCAAAGGGCUCUCAACAGGGCUAUCGUGGUCGUGGAAGGGGCCGGGGCCGAGGGAGAGGGCGAAACAGUCAGAAUGCGGUGAUUCCGAUCUUACCACCCCUCAGCAAUACCAUUCACAGUGACGACUCCAUUCAGAACAAACUUGUAGGCACUGUUUAUGAUUUUGACUCUGAUGAGGACUCGACGAAUGAAACCAACAUUGCUGACCUGAAGACCAUGAGGGAGAGGAAAAAGUCGACCGAUGUCAGUGAAAAACGUGAAUCAAGUACUUCGAAAGAGGGAACUCAGUCAUUAUCAAGUCCUAGUAUUCAGAAGAAGUCUCCACCUAUCUCUGAGUACAACACAACGACAGAGGCUACUGGUGGUGCAGGCCAGGGCUUCACGGACACUGUGAUGCCUCUUCUUCCAGGUCCGGUUGACAUGAGAACCUAUAACUCGACCGCUGAGGGACAAACAUCAUCUCUUCAUGCUCAAACAUACGCGAAUCAUAUUCUCGGCUCUUUCUCCGGUGUUGCUACAGAUCCAACCUUACCAGACAUGGAGGAUGAAUUGGCAGAUGCCCUUCAUCUGUCGAAAUCAGAUGCCUUGAGCUCCAAGACCAGCUUCAAUGAUCCGAGUAUGGAAAUGUCAUCGAGUGUAAGUGAUGGCAUUAAAAUGUCAUUAUCAGACUCGAGAAAUCAGCUGAAAGUCAAGAUCAAGGGCCCAUUCUUGGAUGCCAAUUACGUGGCAGGAUCAUCAGUGCCUCCACUAGCUCAACAAGCCCCAGCGAUAAUUCCACCAUCGGCAACUAGUGCCUCAGGCAUCUCUGGUACCUCGAGUCUUCGAAGAAUGAGAAAGAAAGAGUUACUGAGACAGUACUGCUCUCAGGCUGACAUGAACACCGAAGACUCUGGCAUUGGGAGUGUCACUGCUGCACCAAUUAACAUUCCACCGAUUAAUAGACCUGUAAUUACAGUACCUAAAGCAAUUAAAUCAGUGGCUGUGUUCCCGACUAGAGAAGAUUACAGGGCUGUGGUAGAUGCUAAUAGUACGGAGAAGAAAAGAAGAAAAGACCGGGGUGGAGGCUUUCCAGAAGCACCUGAGGAUGAUGCGUCGGGUCGUAGGCCAAUUGGCAUUAGUACGGAUAGACGGCGGGGCCGACAACCUAAGACCACAGCUGGAGUUGUCAAUAGCGCACCACCAAAGCUUAAAAUCAAAAUUGGAAAUAGUAUCAUGGGACAGGAGAUGGGCACUGUGCAAGAGGAUAGAAGUAAAAUAAGACCCCCUAAAAAGAGACUUAGUAAUAUUCAAUCCAAGCCAAGUAUUGAAGAGCUCAAGAGGGAGAGUAUGAAGUUCAGAAGGAUGAUAAUGGCUGGCUUCGAUGAUGAUGAGAUGACGCAGGAGAAGAGCAAGAAGGAUAAAAAUGGAAAGAGGCGAAAGAAGCAGAAGGGCAAAGAGGGCAGAGUUCAGAUACUUGAGGCUGGGACAUCAACGACCAAGCUCAUCAUAAGGCUCAGCAAGGGAACAGAGCCUCAUCAUAAGACUCUAGAGGCAUCAGGUAGUGCUACCAAUGAACGUGUCAGUCAACCUGAAAAUCCAGAGGUUCGUGUUGGCUCUGGUGCUAAUGAAACCUCUAAAAAUGAUCCCCCUUAUCCAUCGGACAAUCGUGCAAGUGAAAAACAACCGGUUGAUCAGAACACCUCUACCACAUCGGUUGGUAAUGUUAGGUCUGCCAAGGUAACACCAAUCAGGUUAAAAUUGACAAGGUGCAAUCAGGGUUAUGAGCUACAGGCUCCAGCUGGUACCAGUGGUGUAGGAACCGGUGCAAGUGAUACUGUGACUGUUCCAGUAGAACAGAUUACGUCAGAUGCUGAUAAAAAUACUAGCGAUGUUGGGUGUGAGGAGACCAGUGGGGAGAAAAAGACUUCCAGUGAGGACGAUGUGAAACUAAUCAGUCAGACAACAACGGCGAGCCACAAUUCACCGGGUUGUCCAGCUGCAGCGCCUCUACCCCAAGGAUGCCAAGUUAGGUGAUAAUUAAUGAUAAUUGUAUAAAUACCGUAAUCAAUGGCUCUUAUUAGAUUUAUUUACUAUUAUUAUAAAUAAAAAGAGAAGAAGUUUUUAGAUAUAUGUAUAUAUUAUAUAUAUAUCCGAGUAAUGUAUAUAUAAUAAUAUUCAUAUAUGUAUGAUAAAAGUAAUGUUUCAGUGUUGGACACGUACACACAAACACAAUACACAAAGUGACUCGUUUUUUUAAAAAAUUAAAUGAAGAAAAACGAGCUCUGCUCAGUUUUAAUUUUUUUUGUUUGUAAUGAUUUUCUCUUCAUUGUUCAAUUCUUUUUUUUUUCUAAAUGUAAAUUAUUGAAUCUAUAUGUAAAUGAUCUGAGGGUGAAAGUGAAAUAAAUCACAAAGUGCCCCAACAAAUUCACCAUAAAUUUUAGUAUGUACAUUCUGUUUUUUUUAUGUAAUCAUGAGGAAUUAAUGGUGAGUUUGGGUCGAGGUAUCACUUGUUGGUUUUUAUAGUUAUUGUGUUUUCGCCUGAUGGUUUUUUUUUUCUAGUGAAGUUUUUUUUGCAUUUUUGGGUUUUAAUCAGCGUAACUUUCGAUGAUUUUUUUAAAGUGCCAUCAUGAAACUUUGACACUUGCACACACAUAUGAUUUAUGAUAAUUUUGUAAUGAAUGUGCAAACCAAUCUGCUCAAUAGCAAUAACGAUUGAUACCUUGACCGAUCGAUCGCCCUGGGAAACAUUGAAUUCCUAUAUUUGUACAAAAUUAAAAAAAAAAAAGGAAUCACCACAGAUUCAAUUGUGAUUUGAAGAGAAAUCCCUAGGUACAGAAAAAUUUAAUAAGAAAAGAAAAUACUAUGGGUAUAUUUCCCGACAUUAGUCGUUUACACCGCAAUGACUAUUAAUCAAAUGAAACAUCGUAAGAGUGAACAAUGUGUCUGUGUAUGAACGAAAAAAGGUAAUGGUUCUGAUCAAGAAUAGAAAAAUGCGCAUGGCUCUGAAAAAAACGGUAAAUAUCUAAUGGCCAUAAUCGAAGGAAAAAUGUAAACUUGAGUGAAGAAAAGAAAAAUUGGAAUUUUUGUAAUGAAAUUGUUCUUUUAUCCGAGUCAUUAAAGUUAAGUUGACCUUUUUCAAUUAUUGUGUUUUUUUUGUACAGAUGCAGCUAAAAAGAACAGAACAGAGCAUUACAUAUAUUUUUUUAAUAUAGAAAACCUUCUACCUUAGUCGCGCUAGUACAUUCUUUCUGUUUCCACUUUUAUUUCUGUCAGUUGUAUAGUAAUGAUUGGCAGGAGUUAUUUAUUAAUGUCCCCUCUCCUCAGCGGUAUAAUUAAGUGCGCACAUUUUGUUUUAUUGACAGUCUGAAUCGUUGUAAAACUUUACCCUAAAACGUUGUUCAUUGAAUUUCUUCUCUCGUUUAUUAAUGUGGUACGUAAUACUCACGGCUGAACGUGAAUGAAGAGCAACUGUUCGUGCCAUUGAUCCACCGGUGUUUUUUUUAUAGAUUGUUAAUGAAUGAGUGGGGAAAUAUGGAGACGAUCAAUCCGGUCAAUGUGGAAAUUAUAACGAUAAUUAUUACGAAUGAUCGGGAAGAAAUUAAACUUCUGAACGCCGGAGUUUCAUGUCUUCGCGUCGUUCUGACGUGUCUUCACACUACUUUAAGAAAAAAAAGAAGGAAAGAAAACGGAGACAUGAAAAGGAUUUUACACGUGUAAAUAACGUUCAAUAUUUUCACAUUUUCCACAUGCUUGUUCGUUACUUUCUAUUGAAUAAAAUGAAAAUAUUUUAAAAAACUAAUCCACAAUGUUAAGUUUAUCGUUUUUCACAAAACGGCUGUGCAACCGUAAGAUCUUUUUUAUCUUCCGAAAGAACGUCGCCCUCACUAUUUUGUCUUGCACUGUGGGUCAUCAAUACGACUUGAGUACAGAGCAAAUGAAACAAGAACAAAAUAAUCGAGAUGGACUUGAGAGAAAUUAGCAUAUCUUCCAUUCGCUUAUUUCUAUAGUUUCAUAGAGAUUGAAUGAGUAAAAAAUCAUGAGAGAAAUUAUGUGAAAAAAAAAAUUGUUGAGGCGUAAUCGAUACACCAAAGAUUGUCCUGCGAAAUAUAUUCCAAGCAAUCUCAAAAACAAUGUACACAAUUUAUUAUUAACAAUUAAACUUAACAAAUUUAGAGUGACAAGAAGACAAUUUUUAGGAGUAUCGGAGAUGAUGAACUUUUUACAAAUUUUGUGUUAAAAAUUGUUCAUUCGUCGUUUUUUUACAAACUCAAUGAGACUAAGAACUCAGCAUUAAGACAAGAAAUAAUUGAACAAAAAAAAAAGAAAUAAAAAAGAAAUCCUCUAAACCCCAUUGAUACUAUCCUCUACACUCGUAAGUGUAAAUAAAUAUUAUCAGUGAUAAGAUUGAAGAGUUUUAAGAGCCUAUAUAUUGUACAGAAACCCUGAGGUAAUUAUGAUUUAUGGAGGAGAAAAGUAAUGAGAUGUAUUUGUUUAAUUGAGCAAUUGUUUUCUCUUUCUUAUGCAUUGAAAAUGAUCAUAAAAAAAUAUUGAAAUAAUGACGAUAAUAACUUAAGAGUUUAAAUGAAUAGAUGAAAAAGAUACACCUGCAACAAUGAUUAACUAAUGAUCAUUUUACAUAGGAAUACAAAAUAGUUUUAUUAUAAAUCAAGUGACAUAAAACAAAAAGCAAGAAAUAUUAUUAUAUAAAUAUUAUAUAUACAAUUGAUUAAGAUUAUUUAGUUAACUGUAAAUAGUGUACAAGAAGCUGGUCUUGUAAGAUAAAGAAUAAGGUGUUUUAAUGUGCACAUAGCCGCGUCAUUG